CCCGCAGAGCCAGGCAUGGGGGAGCGCGGCGCGGGCGGCUCCCGCCGCAGGAGGUCCGGGCCCCGGCGGCCCAGCGCGGGCAGCCCGGCCGAGGGGGAGCCCGAGCCGCCCCGGGGGGUCCCGGAGCCGGCAGCGGAGCCCCCCGCGGAGAGCGACCCCGACAACUGCGGGGACUUCAGGUGUCACAAGGUGCAGGAGUCUCUGCUCAGCUCGUCCAGUGGGUACAGCAACUACCGGGGCAUCCUGAACUGGUGUGUGGUCAUGCUGGUCUUGAGCAACGCCCGGCUCUUCCUGGAAAACCUCAUCAAAUACGGGAUCCUGGUGGAUCCAAUCCAAGUGGUCUCCCUCUUCCUGAAGGACCCCUACAGCUGGCCCUCCUUGUGCCUUGUCAUUGUGGCCAACGUGUUUGCGCUGGUUGCCCUGCACACGGAGAGACGCCUGGCAGUGGGCUCCAUCUCGGAGAACGUCGGCUCCGUCGUCCAUGCGUUCAACCUCCUGACCAUCCUGUGUUUCCCAGCACUGGUGGUGCUGGUGGUCUCCUCUGUCACUCCAGUCGGCGCCGUGUUCGCUCUGUCCAUCUACACCAUCCUCUUCCUCAAGCUCUUCUCCUUCCGGGACGUGAACAAGUGGUGCCGAGCCAGGGGCCGGGCGAAGGCUGCGCGCGUGCGCCCAGCUUCCGGGCCGAAGAAAGCCAAUGGGGAGGUGGUGCAGAGCGGGGUGUACUAUCCAGCUAACCUGACCUAUAAAGACAUGUACUACUUCCUGUUUGCUCCCACGCUCUGCUACGAGCUGAACUUCCCUCGCUCGCCCCGGAUACGCAAGCGCUUCCUGCUCCGCAGGCUCUUCGAGAUGCUCUUCUUUAUCCAGCUGCUGGUGGGGCUGAUACAGCAGUGGAUGGUCCCCACUAUCCAGAACUCGAUGAAACCUUUCCGGGAUAUGGACUACUCCCGAAUCAUAGAGCGCCUCCUGAAGCUGGCUGUCCCCAAUCACUUGAUCUGGCUCAUCUUCUUUUACUGGUUCUUCCACUCGUCCCUGAACGUCCUGGCUGAAGUGAUGCAGUUUGGCGACCGGGAGUUCUACAGGGACUGGUGGAACUCCGAGUCGGUGACUUACUUCUGGCAGAACUGGAACAUACCGGUGCACAAGUGGUGUCUCAGGCACUUCUACAAGCCAAUGAUCAAGAGGGGGGUCAGCAAAUGGACAGCCCAGACCGCAGUGUUCCUGGCAUCGGCUUUCUUCCACGAGUACUUGGUGAGCGUGCCCCUGAAGAUGUUCCGGCUGUGGGCAUUCAUGGGGAUGAUGGCUCAGAUCCCGCUGGCCUGGCUUGUGGGAAGGUUCCUCAGAGGCAACUAUGGGAACGCAGCCGUCUGGAUCUCCUUGAUCAUCGGGCAGCCGAUCGCCGUCCUGAUGUACGUUCAUGACUACUACGUGCUCAACUACGAAGGCAGCCAGUGAUGCAUGUGGACUCCCUGUUCCUCCCUCUCCUGCUGGUGUCAGCAAGGAGCCUGGCCGGGGGUAAGAACCCCCACUUUCUGCUGCUCUCCGAAAGCCUCUGGGACUGACUAGCACCAGCACAUGUGCGGAGGGGUCAGUCGAAGGAAGCUGCCUUGUCUUUUUUAUAUGUGUGUAAUCAAUGGGGAUGAGUAUUUUUGUGAAUUGAAUGUUGGAUCAAUGCAAUAUCCUCCAGUGAGAAGCUGGAGAGGAGGAAGGGCCCUCCACGUGCCAUGGGACCCUUCUCUCCUGUCACUGGUGUUAAUGUUCAGGAUCAGGAUUCUCGAGAGGGCAUUUCCCAGGCUCCUUCAACAGGCCUUGCAGGAUGUUCGGGGCUGAGUUUAGGGCCUGCCCAAGGCAGCACCAACCUCUUCUAAGGCCCACUGGAGAGCUGGGCUAGCUGAGCCUUCAGAACGUGCUUCUGCUCCGACUGCCUCUAGGAUGUUGCCCCCAUCUUGGCAGUCGGAGAUGGGCGCCUGGUGCCUCGUCCCUAGGAGCCGGCCAGCAGCAAGGGCUGGGCCUCCAUGUAGGGUGUCAAAGCUUUAAGGUGGUGGCUCCUUUUGCCCUGACCAGUGCAGAGAGGCAGCCAGCCGGGAGCUGCCAUUUUGAAGGCACUUUAAAAGGACUUUCACUGAAGUCUCAGAUUUUGUUCUCGCUCCGUCCCACGUUCAGACACACUGGCUGCCUCCUCUUUGAAAAGCAGUUGUUGCUGAAGGGUCUCUCCCUCAGCCCUGAUCCUGCAGCUCUCCAGAGAAUCCUUCACAGUACCAGCCUCUCCCUGGGGCGAGCCCCUGGCUGCAGGACCCAGCAGAUGGCACUGGGCUCCUCGGGCAUGCACCAGUACUUCCUGGUUCAGCCAGGGUGAGCCUGGAGCUGCUGGCUCUUGUGACACUCCCCGUGCAGGGGAGUCUCUGUUCGUGGCCACCCUGCGGUUGCCUCUAGUUUCUGUACUGUGCACGGGCUCCUCUGAGGUCCCGUAGUCCGUCCUCGAGCACUCCAGGUGGCCGCAUUGCCCUCCAUGGCUGCGCUGCGUGGGGUGGGACGGAGAUGGCAGAUCCAAUCUGGAUUUGUGCUGAACGUCCCCUUUGGGGGGGCAUGAGCCGUCCAUGCAGGGGCCACAGUACUGUGCUACCCCAUCUCCAAAAAAAAGUCUGCCCCAGCAACGUCUGACACUUCGUCUGUAUCUGCCAAACCGUGAAUAAAGCAUCUUUUCCAAAACCGUCCCAUGGCCUCCUUGCUGGGGUGGGGGGAAGGGAGGCAGUGACCAUGUCCCAUCCCCUCCAUGGAGAUGGGCUCUUCUCAGGAAAGGGACCAGUUGCUCAUUUCCCCCCUGUAGCAGCAGCUGUCUCCUCUCCACAGAGCUGGGACCAGUGCAGUCACAUGGUCAUUCUCACUAGUCACAGAUGGGCCAUGGCAGGGGACUGGUGCAGCUCUGCACCUAGGCCACGUUUUCAUUCCAUCUAGUAAAUGCAACGUCACUUAACCUCUGGAUCUGAGCAGCCCCCUAGGUAGGCCCUGCUCCAGUGAUGCAUUGUCAACACAGCUCAGGUAAUGGCUCUCCCGCGCCAUCUGCCUGAAGGAAGGGAAAAGACGCACAACCUUGGCAGAUGCUGCCAGACCCCAUGGCUAAGGCAUCCCCUUCAACGGCUUGGGCUGCUGCAAUGGCUAAACAUCCCAGCCAGCCUGAACUUCCUCCACCACAAUGACCAGCAUGAGAAAUGGUGCUGCUGCCUCGGGCUCGUGAGUAAAUGCUUAUCCUCCAUUCCAGGUCACAGGCCCUGGUUCUCAUGGGGAAUUCAAUCCCCCUGACAUCUGCUGGGAGAGCAAUACAGCAGUGCACAGACAAUCCAGGAAGUUUUUGGAGAGUGUUUGGGGACAACUUCCUGGUACAAGUGCUGGAGGAACCACCUAGGGUCUGUGCUCCUCUUGACCUGCUGCUCACAAAAAGGGAAGAAUUGGGAGGGGAAGUACAAGUGGGUGGCAACCUGGGCAGCAGUGACCAUGAGAUAGUCAAGUUCCAGAUCCUCACAAAAGGAAGAAAGGAGAGCAGCAGAAUAGGGUCCCUGGACUUCAAAAAGCAGACUUUGACUCCCUCAGAGAACAGAUGGGCAGGAUCCCUUGGGAGAAUAACAUGACGGGGGGGGAAGUCCAGGAGAGCUGGCUGUAUUUUAAAGAAGCCUUAAUGAGGGCAUAGGAACAAACCAUCCCCAUGUGCAGAAAGAAUAGCAAAGACAACAGGCAACCAACUUGGCUUAACAGUGAAAUCUUUGGUGAGCUUAGAUACAACAAGGAAGCUUACACGAAGUGGAAACUUGGACAAUGACUAAAUAUUGCUCAGGCCUGCAGCAGUGAAAUCAGGAAGGCCAAAGCACAAUUGGAGUUGCAGCUACCAAGGGAUGUUAAGAGUAACAAGAAGGGUUUCUAGAGGUAUAUUAGCACCAAGAAGGCAGCCAGGGACAAUCUGGGACCCUUACUCACUGGGGAAGGCAACCUAAUGACAGAGGAUGUGGAAAAAGCUGAAGUAUUCAAGGCAAAAAAAAAAAAGCCUUGGUCUUCACAGACAAGGUCUGCUCCCAAACUGCUGCACUGGGCAACACAAUAUGGGGAGGUGGUGACCAGCCCUCUGGGGUGACAGACCAGGUUCAGGACUAAUUAGAAAAGCUGGAUGUGCACAAGUCCAUGGGUCCAGAUCUAAUGCAGCUGAGGGAGUUGGCUGAUGUGAUUGCAGAGCCAUUGACCGUUAUCUUUGAAAACUGGUAGCAAGUGAGUGAGGUCCCAGAUGAUUGGCACUAUAUUUGCCUUUUUCAAUCUUUAAAAAAGGGAAGGAGGAGAAUCUGGGGAACUACAGUCUCACUUCAGUCCCUAGAAAAAUCAUGGAGCAAGUCCUCAAGGAAUCAAGUUAGAAACACUUGGGAGAGGAAGAUGAUCAGGAACAGUCAACAUGGAUUCACCAAGGGCAAGUCAUGCCUGACCAACCUGAUUGCCUUCUAUGAGGAGAACUGGCUCUGUGGAUAUGAGGAAAGCAGUGGACAUGAUAUAGCUUGACUUUAGCAAAGCUUUUGAGACGGUCUCCCACAGUAUUCUUGCCAGCAAGUUAAAGUAUGGAUUGGAUGAAUGGACACUAAAGUGGAUAGAAAGCUGGCUAGACUGUCAGGCUCAAGGGGUAGUGAUUAACAGCUCAAUGGCUAGUUGGCAGCUGGUGUCAAGCAGAGUGCCCCAGGGCUUGGUCCUGGGGCUGGUUUUGUUCAAACAUCUCCAAUAAUCUGGAUGAGGGGAUGGAUUGCACCCUCAGCAAGCUCACAGAUGACACAAAACUGAGGGGAGAGGUAGAUACUCAAGAGGGUAGGGAUAGGGUCCAGAGUGAUCUAGACAAAUUGGAGGAUUGGGCCAAAGGAAAUCUGAUGAGGUUCGAGUGCAGAGUUCUGCACUUAGGAUGGAAGAAUCCCAUGCACUGCUACAGCCUAGGGACCGAGUGGUUAGGCAGCAGUUCUGCAGAAAAGGACGUAGGGGUUACAGUGAACAAGAAGCUGGAUAUCAGUCAGCUGUGUGCCCUUCUUCCCAAGAAGAAUUAUGGCAUAUUGAGCUGCAUUAGCAGGAGCAUUGCUAGCAGAGCGAGGGAAGUGAUUAGUGCUCUCUAUUUGGCAGUGUGAGGCCACAGCUGGAGUAUUGCAUCCAGUUUUGGGGCCCCCACUACAGAAAGGAUGUGGACAAAUUAAAGAGAGCCCAGGGGAGGGCAACAGAAUGAUUAGGGGGUUGGAGCACAUGACUUAUGAGGAGAGGCUGAGGGAACUGGCAUUGUUUAGGUUGCAGAAAAGAGUGAGGGGAUUUGAUAGCAGCCUUCAACUACCUGAAGGGGGGUUCCAAAGAGGAUGGAGCUCGGCUGUUCUCAGUGGUGGCAGAUGAUGGAACAAGGAGCAAUGGUCUCAACUUGCAGUGGGGGAGUUCUAGGUUGGAUAUUAGGAAACACUAUUUCACUAGGAGGGUGGUCAAGUAUCAGAGGGGUAGCCAUGUUUAGUCUGAAUCUGUAAAAAGCAACAGAGGGUCCUGUGGCACCUUUAAGACUAACAGAAGUGGUGGGAGCAUAAGCUUUCGUGGGUAAGAACCUCACGUCUUCAGAUGCAAGGAGGGUGGUGAAGCACUGGAAUGGGUUUCCUAGGGAGGUGAUGGAAUCUCCAUCCUUAAAGGUUUUUAAGGUCAGGCUUGACAAAGCCCUGGCUGGGAUGAUUUAGUUGGGGAUUGGUCCUGCUUUGAGCAGGGGAUGGGCCUAGAUGACCUCCUGGGGUCUCUUCCAACCCUAAUCUCCUGGGGCUUUUAAUCUCAGCCAUGGAAAGACAAGGCAGGGGUGCCCCACUGAAGGGGAGUAAUACUACCCCUUUACCACUUGGUCACAAGGAAAGUAAGUCUGUCUGCCAAUCUGCUAGCAUUGGAGAGAUGAAAACCUCUCUAACCCCAGCAGGUUCCAUCUUGGCCCUGUAGUAACUGAAGGGAGGUGGUAGUUUACCACCCCUGUGCACCUUACUUUAGUCAUGGAGCUAGGGCCAAACUCCCUUCUAAUUAUCUAACAAAUUGCUGAUUUUAACCCUAACCUAACCCAACCCUCUCCCAUGAGGGUUAACCUUAACUCCUGCCCAUGAACAGAGGGGGGGGCGGAGGUUGCACCCUGCAUCGUGGGCCCAAGGCUGGUGCAGCUAAGGAGAGGGUGGUCAGGGCUUCCCAGAGGAAGAGAGACCCUGGCCUGAGGGUACCUGGUCAAGGUAAGGUGCAGAGGGGGGUGGGCUGCAGCCUCUUGUAGUGACCAGGGCUGGCUGCCAUUCCUACCCUUCUUGUGGGGGUGGGUGCUGCCUCCCCUGUCUGCAAGCAGGAUCAGCUCCAGCUGAAAGAGGGAGGACUGGACCUCCCCCCACCUCCACUACUCCCCUGGCAGAGCCCCAAGGCCCUGCCUGCAGUCAGGGUCCCCAGUAGGGAGCCCAGUCUGAGUGGUGGUAACAAAGGGGGGCAGGGUUAAUAGGCCUGCACAAGGGGGCAGGGCAGUGGCUGGCUCUGCACUGAUUACUCCCACCCUCUUGGGAAGGGUUUCUAGAGACAGUGACAUGAAAGGAGCAGUUGUCAAUGACCCCUCUGCAGUGAGGCAGCGCUCCAGGGGGAAGCCUGGACCAGGGACUGACCAGACGGUAGUAGCAGAACAAUUAAGCAUCACGGCAAGAGGCUCCAGGUGAUGCUGGUGCGGAUGGGAGCAGAAGGAGCCCUGAGCGUGUCAGGGGAGAGGCAGCUGUCCGCGUCCCUGGCUAGAGGGAACUGGGGUGGGGGGGUGCUCUUCCAGAGCCAGGCCCUGCCCUGCUACACAGCAGUUAGGGAGCCGUAGUGAUGUGGGACUUGCUGGCGUAAGGUACGCUGGCCCCACUGUGGCAGCAGGCAUGGGAGGGUCGGACCAUCCCUGGAGCCCAGGAGGGAGAGCGCUAGGGGCAGAGGAACGCCGGGGCACCAGCUGGAGGAGGGGUGCUCACCCCUCCUGGGCAGGGGAACACAGACCGGCUGCUCUCAAGGGGCAGAGUUCGUGCCUUCCAAACAAUGGGGCAUAGGCCUGCUGGAGCUGUGCAGCCGCUAAGGGACAUCGUCGGCACCUGCCAGCCCCCUGGGAGGGAACCUUAAUUGUACGGCAGCAGGAGUUCUCCACUGCCCAACUACCUACGCCGCGCCCACCCCCUGGUCCAGAACAGUCCCCGAGCUGCUACAAACGGCCCUCACCCAGGCAGAGAACUUACCCCUCAGCAAGGAGCCGAGUGCAGGGGAAGGUGUAGUGCCCGACUGUGAUUACCUGCCAUUUACAUAGGUGGCCAGGGCUUGUGGGGGAAGCACUUACAUGCUACAGCUACAGCCACUACCUAGUCGUUGCCUUUCCCAGCUAGGGAAGAGAAAGAGCCUGCCUUCUUCCCAGCGCCUGUGGGGCCAUGUCAGGAGAGGGGCUAUGGGGAGACAGACAGCUUGGGGGGGGUGUCAGAUGGGCUAGUGGGGGAGGACAGACUGGGGCAGGGGUUGAAUGGGAGUGGAGGCAGGUGCAGGGCCACAUGGUGAUGGGGGAGGAGAUGCAGCGGUACAUAGGGUGACUGUGUGGGGGGGGGACAGGGACAUGAGGUUGGCUGAGUGGGGGCACAGAGCCACAUGGCAAUGGGAGGAGUGGUGGUGGAGGGACACAUGGGGACAGGGGCAGAUGUGCCUGACUGAAUGGGAGAGGUUAGGGGUCAGCCCAGGGCCUGCAUGGGGGAAGCUCCUUAACAGUCCCUCCCUGCCCUCCCUCCCCCCCCCAAAAAACUAUUCCAUACUUUGCCCACCCAGACUCAACAACCCUCCAAGUUCACACCCAGCCUCCUUCCCAGCAAUGUACUUCCCUCUCCCUCUGCCCCUCCGUUACCCCUGACUCCCCCCUGUCUUUGCACUGCUUCUGGGGGGGUUAUGGGAAAUACGGUUGGGUACUGUAGUUUAAAUGAAUUAUUACUGAGUUCUGUAUUAACAUGCUUAGAAAGGAAUCUAUUUGUCAAAAAACAUUUCCUGAAUCUUUUGUCGUCUAUAUUUUGAAAUAAAUGACCAAAAAUAAUUGAAACUGGUAUGAUUAUAUUGUGUUAUUUUGACAUAAAAUGUGCAGAAUUUGAAAAUACUGGGUGUAGGAUUUUUAGGCACAGAAUUCCUCCAGGAGUAACUAAUGGAGGAGGCCGGAAAUAACUCCAUACACCCAGUGGCCUGGGCUUUGGCCCCUUCUCUCCCCGCACAGGGGAGCACAAGGGGAGAAUUCCUGAGCAAACAACAACAGGAGUAAAAGAACCCCAGGGCCAUUAAUACCAAGCCAGAGGAGAGGACAGACCACAGCCUGGGCCCUGUGGGACAUUUCAAAUCCCAGUGGUCCUGUUGGGUUCUGGCAAGUGGGCAGGCGCAAGCCGGAAUAGGAGCUGCAACCUGGCACACUCAAGGUAGGCGUGUGCCAGGGUCUCACCUGUCCCUCUGCGGCAUAAGGAUCAGGGACAGGGUGAACCGCACCAGAUACAUGCCUGUGCUCACAGGUCCAUGAAGGAGCUGCCAACUAAUAUCCCUGGCGGGCCGUGGGACCAAGGUGGAAUACAGGCUGGCCCCCCCCGGGUUCCUCACCCUCAGUAGACCCUACCACUUAGUGUCCGGGCGGGACACGAGGGUGAGGAAAUGGAGAGUAUGGAGCACGAGCGUGUACAGCUGUGCCCUUGGCACGGUUUGGAAGUGAACCGGCUGCAGGUCACAGAGCCGGCUCGGGGUUUCAAAUCCCGGCGUGAGCAGGUUAGAGACUUCCCCCCCGCCAGGGAAACAUGCACAGGCCCCCCCGGCAUUUACCCUUCCUUCUGCUGAGCGUUGGGAUAGCGCAUGCUAACUGUCCCUCUAUGGCUGGGGCACCUGCUCUACUGCUGCUCGGGGGGAUGGCAAAGAGCCGCAGGGACGAUUCGAGGGCUGGAAAACCUGCUUUAGAGUGAGACGACCGAGAAGCUGCAUCUCACCCCCGAGAGGAUUAAGAGGUGACGAGCACGGCCUACAAUGGGGAGAUGAUUGCUUACAGCACAGGGGGCUUUCACCUGGCAAGCUCAGAACAAGAACCCAGGGGUAGAAAAUGAAGUUAAGACAACUUCAGACUGGGAAUAAGGUGCAACAUUUCCAAAUGGAAGGAAAGUAACUAUUGGAACAACUGACCUGAGGACACGGAGAAUUCACCAUCGCUUGGCGUUUCAAUCAAGACUGGACAUGUCUAAAGAGAAUGCUCUCGCUCCACCAAACACGGGCUUGAGGCAGGAAUUACUGGGUGAAAUGCUAUAGCCCGUAUACGCAGAUCAGACUAGAUCACACAAUGCACUCAAACUCCAUUACUGCCCCUGAAGCUCCAUAGGAGGACUUGAGACUAUGCCUGCUUGUUUGGACAUGGGUGGAGGGGUUUGGGCAUCACUGUCACGAACUGGGACUGUUCUUAAUGUGGUCUGUGAAUGCUGACAGGGGAGUGUGGCUGGAUAGUCUGCAUUGCGGGAUGGGAGACUGACUGAGGGAGAAUACCUGAGUGUGUAACAUGAGAACCCAGGAAGGGGUUAGAGGCCAGGUGACACUUUUGCCCGGGAGACUGAACAAAGGUUGUGGGAGGGGUCGCUGAAGGCAGAGUUUCAGGAGCUGGCUGGUGGAAUGGCUGGGAGGCAGACGGGGCUCUGACCUGCCAAGGGGACUAGGGUGCCCUGGGACCCCAAGAUGGACCUAACUGGGGGGGGUCCUGUUGUCUGUGCCUGCAAGACCUGUCUUGGACUGUAUUCCUGUCGUCUAAAUAAACCUUCUGCUUUACUGG